ACCAGUCCACCAGAUCUCCGGAUAUCCGAAAUUCAAAUUCGCAUUGAUAGUCUGCUAAUACUAGUCGAAAAAAAUUAAGGCAUAUUAUAGAAAAUUUAUAUAUUCAGAUAUAUCAUAUUGAUAUUGAUAAUAACCUUCGCUUGUUGCAUCACGACCGGUGAGAAGAGAUUCAACUUAUUUUCAAGAUAAUCUCUAACAUAUAAGAAAAAUCUUUGUUCUCGGACAUGGCUUUAAAACACGUAGUAGUAGGUGGUGGUACUGGCUUUAUAGGAUCACAGUUGAUAAAAUCGCUGAGCCUCGAUGGUGUAUCUUGCACAUGUAUCUCUCGAAUGCCAGGACCAAAUAGAAUGUCAUGGAAUGAUUUAGAGCGCUAUGGUCUGCCAGAGAACACAUCAGCUGUCAUCAACGUUGCUGGACAGAAUAUACUUGAUCCCAUGCAAAGAUGGUCGCCGGGUUUCAAACAAAAUGUCAGAAAUAGCAGAGUAAAGACGACAAAGGCUUUAGCAGAUGCCGUAAAGAAUACCAAAGCUACAGUUUUUGCGACUAUAUCAGGUGUUGCGUAUUAUAAGCCUAAUGACACCGUGUAUACAGAAGAAAGCAAAUGCGAACCAUAUGAUUUUCUCUCAAGACUUACUCAUGACUGGGAGGAAGCGGCAAAAUUACCAGAAGAUUGCAAUAUUAGACAAGUGACAAUAAGAUCUGGUGUUGUAUUAGGAAGAAACGGUGGCAUGAUCAAACAAAUUUACCUACCUUUCUUUCUUGGUCUGGGUGGACCAAUAGCAACUGGAGAUCAAUAUAUGCCCUGGAUACAUAUCAUUGACCUAGUUAACAUGUUUAUAUUUGCAUUAAAAAACAACAAUGUAUAUGGUAUAUUAAAUGGAGUUGCACCUCAGCUUAUAACAAAUAAAGAAUUUACAAAAGCGUUUGCAAUAGCAAUGAAAAGACCCGCGGUCAUACCUCUUCCAAGUUUUGUUCUGCAGAUAUUAUUCAGUGAAGAACGAGCAAAAAUUAUGUUGGAAGGACAGAAAGUUACGCCAAAGCGUGUUACAGAGGUAGGAUUUCAGUAUCAGUAUCCGAAUAUCGAAAGUGCAUAUUAGGAACGGCACAAAUAUUUCUAUAUUUAACACAAUCAAGACGUUUUGAAUUUUCUGUAUAAAAGCCUCUUUUCAAGCUCGCCGAUUGAUAGCUGUUAAGUCGUACUCCACACAUUAGAGUUGGAUAACUCAAAUUCUGCUGCACCCGAUAGCAUGCCUUGCUAUUGCCCAAGAUAUUAUCCGAAACGAAACGUACGCGAGAUGUCGCUAUUUAUAUAACUUGAACUUGCCGUUAGGAAUGACGUAUGAUUUUGUACAAGAGUAGUAACAUCAACGUCUCGAGAUGAGUUUACGCUAAUGCACGAGAUUAUACCUUGACAAAGUGCUCCGAAAGAAAGCAGCGUUUCGCAUGAAGAAAGCGACAGAAGAGGAGAAGAGCAGAGGAGGAACGCGGGAUAAAAAGAAAGCGGAAAAUAAGACGGGCGAGAUCUCUGAAAGUGGAACGGGCCGGUGCGCCAGUGCGGGAGAGAUAAGUGCGCGAACGAAGAAUGCACCGGCUCCGGCGGCGGCGACGGCGGCGUGAUUUGUAUCUCUUCGCUCGGCCAAGAGUCGUCGUCUCGAGGAACGCGGAGUCUGCGCUCGGUAGGUGCGCCCCUGACUGUCGGCUCUCUCGUCGGUCCAAGCCGGUGCAGAAUGUAUCAUGUGGAUAAGGACGUCGAGAGAGAUAGCGCAUAUUUAUUCUUCGGCAAAUUUCACAUUUUUCAAGAGAAUUCUUUUUUUAAAAAUGGUCCAAGGACGUAUCACUCAAGGCGCUCCGAUCUUGGCAGAAAUUCGAGCCUCUCCGAAGGCUGUCCGACAACAAAACAACGACGAGUUGGAACAACGUACUUGAUGGAAUGAGGUACGUGGAAUUCUAGACGAUCGUUUCCUGUGAAAGUUGCGAAAUAAGCGGCUAACACCGAUCUUGGUACCGAGCGACGAGUGUUCCAGAUCGCACGACGACGACAAACAACAGGGCGCACCUCGGGAAACAGGUCAAGAUGUUUCUCGUCCCGUUAAUGACUCGCCGCCUGUUCGCUCGUGGACUCUCGUGGUAUUUUAAAAACGGAUGACGAGUAACGUUAGGGCUUCUUCAUUCUCGUACGAGAAUGUUGAGAAAUGUCUUCGCGCGAAGCCAGGUGAAAAUGUUGAAUUGAAGAAGCUGAAUCGACUCGAAAUAUAACGAGGUGUAAGGAAAAAUCCCGGCACACACAAUGCGGAUGAUCGAGCUAAUCGCCUCGCGAUGCUACGUCAGCAACGAAGCAACAAUUCCGACGCUAAUUGAGCGGUCUCACGGCGGUGAUACGACGUUAAAGCCAGAACAUCGGAUGGUUACCGAGGGUAUCUCAAUGAAAAGUUUCAGUAAAUUUUCUCGCGUAGAUUAUACAUAUGUAUGUAUGCGUGUAUGUAUGUAUAGCGAUAGCAUGCGCCGCGGUUUCUUCUCAAUUUAUUUAUUCCCGGGUCAAGGGAACUCCAUUUCUUAAACACGGGGGUCAAGGAGUCAAUGAGAUCCGGUUGCCUCAGGUAUGUAACCGCACAAGUGCCUUCCCGGCCGAGUCUCACGGGCGUCUCAACUUCAGUUUUAUUCCCUGUAAUUUUCCAUGAGAUUGUUUCUCCUCUUUAUCCAAGUGAGAGAGAGAAAGAAAGAAAGAAGGAAACAUGUCGUCAACUACUACUAGCGAAAUUGCGCGACAAACAUGUCGUCGUUGCCGAUCUGAAUAACGAUAAUACAACCGUGAACAAUCAUCUUUUUGCGUGCCGACAGUAAGUAGAGGUAUGACUCGGCUCUUUUUAUCCUUAUCGGCGAUGCGAGGAAAGAACACGUUGCGUAUGUUAACGAACCGACCGGAAAAUAAUUGCAAAAGCGUUAUGCACGUGUAUUUUUGCUAUUAUUAUAGAGAGUCACGCGCGUAUAUAUUGGACAAAUAAUAAAUUGACACGUCGUCGAUAGUAAUAAGCGCGCUCGCCUCUUUUCCUUAUCAAGUACUGUGAAAUAUCAUAUUGAAAAAUAUUGUGCAAAUA